AUGUCUCGUGGUGAAACGCCAUCACAGCACAACUCUACGCUUGCAAUUUCACCUCUAGUUGGGAACCGAAAUCUUCAAGUACAGCAUCAGUCUCAUCAAAGAAACGACCCAGGUUUGCCCAAUCCGGCCACUUUGGGAAAUCAGGGAAGCUCAUUCAACCAGGGAAAUACAGGAAACCAGCGAAGUCGGCAUUCCAGUCACACUCAUCGGACUCAAACACCUCAUCAUUCGGGCACCUACAGUCCAUUGGUUCAAAAGAUACAAAAUAAUGGAUCGCUUGCAUCCCUGGCCACACCAGCACCAGCACAAAAUCACGGUGGAUCAACAGCGGGACUGUUGGCAUCGAUGACGAAAAGCGGACUUUUUGGGCCGGCAAUGCCGUCCACGCUAAGAAAAGUGAGUGCGACACUUGACCCUGGCAGAACUCGUGGCGUUGCUCCAGAGGAAAAAAUGAACAUGGACGAUCUGCUUGAUUCCAAUCAAAUCGUGGACUCGAUCGACGUAGCACAGCUACCUGCAGCCGAAAAACUACGACUUUGGCGUCACGAUUCACUAAUGCAGCACCAAUACCGCACCGCCGAAUAUAUUGGUGACAAAGUCUAUGCCAUGACUGGUGACCCAAACGACGGAUUCUGGCUGGCCCAGGUAUACUACAAUAGUGGUUCGUACGUUCGCGCUGUGGAGUUGCUAACCAGGAACAAUCUUGACGCUUCUAGCGUCAUGUGUAGGUAUCUCACAGCACUGUGUCUUGUGCAGCUUAAAAAAUACGAAGAGGCUCUCGAUAUCGUGGGAGAGACUAAUCCGUUUCAGGACCCACUGGGUAACCGUGUCAAAAACCAGGAUGGAGGCAUCAAGCUCGAAUCUUCAAUGUGUUUUUUGCGAGGCAAAAUAUUCGCAUCACUCAAUAACUUCGAGAGGGCUAAAGAAUGUCUGAAAGAAGCUUUGCAAGUCGACGUCAAAAAUUUUGAGGCCUUUGAUGAGCUCAUUUCCAAGAACUUGCUAACGCCAAACGAAGAAUGGACGUUUGUAGCUUCCUUGGAUUUCUCAGAGCUUGGAGAUAAUGACGAGCUGAUCAGAUCGUUGUACAUCUCGAGGCUUUCAAAACAUCUCAAUCAAGAUCAGGUCCGCAAGGCUCAGGACUUUUUAAUCGACGAGUAUAAGCUCGAAAACAAUACCGACAUAAUUCACAGUCACGUCGAUAUGCUGUUCACUCAAUGCAAAUUCUCGCAAUGCCUCAAACUUUGUGAAGAAGCUCUUGAGCACAACGAAUAUUCAUUCACCAUUCUACCUACCUACAUCUCGUGUCUCUACGAACUGGGAGGUAAAAACAAACUCUUUCUAAUAUCACACAAACUGGCAGAGAACUUUCCAAAGCACCCAAUUACCUGGUUCGGAGUUGGUGCAUAUUACAUGUGUACUAAUAAGAUCUCCGAGGCAAGGAAGUAUUUUUCGAAAGCAUCGAUAUUAGACCCAACUUUCAGCCAAGCAUGGAUCGGCUUUGCACAUACCUACGCUGUUGAGGGAGAGCACGAGCAGGCCAUCUCAGCAUACUCAACGGCAUCUAGGUUUUUCCCGGGUACACAUCUACCAAACCUCUUUUUGGGAAUGCAGUAUUUACUAAUGGGUACACUCCCGCUUGCAGAAGAAUAUUUCAUUUUGGCUUAUGAUGUUUGCCCCUAUGACCCUCUUCUUUUGAAUGAAAUGGGCGUUCUAUACUUCAAGAAGAACGACUUCGUGAAGGCCAAAAAGUAUCUGAAGAAAGCAUGGGAAGCUAUAAAGGCGUUAGACUCAGAAUCGAAGUCGUGGGUGUCAAUUCACACCAACCUGGCUCAUUCCUACCGUAAGCUAGGCGAAAACGACAGAGCGGUCAAGUGCUUUAAACUGGUCUUGGAGACCGCAGGUAAAGAUACUGACACUCUAUGCGCUUUAGGAUAUGUCUAUCUUCGCAUGAAUCGAAUAGGAAAGGCCAUUGAUUCCUUGCAUGGCUCCCUGGCACUGUGUCCGUCCAACCAAACUGCACAAGAACUUUUGAAACAAGCUUUGGAAGUGAAUUUGUCAACUGCGCUUGAUGACAAUCAUCCACUUAUGGUCAGUUCUCAAAUUCGAGAACGAGGCUCUGGUCUUGAAAAUCGGAAAAGAGUCGCCCACAAAAUAGACGCUCAAACCAUGGCCAAACGCCUCAAACAUGGCCAAGAUUCAUCUGAUGAUGAAGAUUACGAUGGUGACUCGAUGGAACUUGAGUGA